AAGAAGCGACAAUCGCAUACGAGCAACACACGUCGAGUCGAACGAAGUUUGCAACGAGAGCUUCAUUUUUGGACCGAAUGUCAUAAGGACUAACGAUCCAGAAAAGUCCAAAGUGUGAACGUAGCAACCGAACAAAAUGUUUUCGUCGAUGAAAACGCUGAUGGGCGUUGCGGCUCGGGCCGAACAGGUUCUAGCCCGCAGCUAUGCUGCAAAGGCUGCAACGAAGGCGGCCGCCGGUGCACAGGGAAAGGUUGUGGCCGUAAUUGGUGCCGUCGUCGAUGUCCAGUUCGAUGAUAAUCUUCCCCCAAUUUUGAACGCUUUGGAAGUGCAAGAACGCGGUUCCCGACUGGUUUUGGAAGUUGCGCAACAUCUUGGUGAGAAUACCGUCCGAACUAUUGCUAUGGAUGGUACCGAAGGUUUGGUGCGAGGCCAGCGAGUCCUCGAUACUGGGUCUCCCAUUAGGAUUCCGGUCGGAGCGGAAACUCUAGGCCGCAUUAUCAACGUAAUUGGCGAACCGAUCGAUGAGCGCGGUCCGAUCGAAACCAAUUUGUCCGCUCCCAUCCAUGCGGAAGCCCCCGAGUUCAUCGAGAUGAGCGUCGAGCAGGAAAUUCUGGUUACUGGAAUUAAGGUGGUCGAUCUGUUGGCUCCAUACGCCAAGGGUGGUAAGAUUGGUCUGUUCGGUGGUGCCGGUGUCGGCAAAACUGUACUGAUUAUGGAGCUUAUCAACAAUGUUGCCAAGGCCCAUGGUGGUUACUCUGUCUUUGCCGGUGUCGGUGAGCGAACCCGCGAGGGUAACGAUCUGUACAAUGAGAUGAUUGAAGGUGGUGUUAUUUCGCUGAAGGAUAAAUCAUCGAAGGUCGCUCUCGUAUACGGUCAGAUGAAUGAACCCCCCGGUGCUCGCGCUCGUGUUGCUUUGACUGGAUUGACCGUUGCUGAAUAUUUCCGCGAUCAAGAGGGUCAGGAUGUGUUGCUGUUCAUUGACAACAUUUUCCGUUUCACACAGGCUGGUUCGGAGGUAUCUGCCCUGCUGGGUCGUAUCCCUUCUGCUGUCGGUUAUCAACCAACUCUGGCCACUGACAUGGGUAGCAUGCAGGAGCGAAUUACCACCACCAAGAAGGGAUCCAUUACAUCGGUGCAGGCCAUCUAUGUCCCUGCUGAUGAUUUGACUGAUCCAGCUCCAGCCACCACUUUUGCUCACUUGGAUGCCACCACCGUAUUGUCGCGUGCCAUCGCUGAAUUAGGUAUCUACCCGGCAGUAGAUCCACUGGAUUCAACUUCACGUAUCAUGGAUCCAAAUAUCAUUGGCGCCGAACAUUACAACAUUGCCCGUGGUGUGCAGAAAAUCCUUCAGGAUUACAAGUCCCUUCAGGAUAUUAUUGCUAUCUUGGGUAUGGAUGAAUUGUCUGAAGAAGAUAAGCUUACUGUGGCCCGUGCCCGUAAAAUCCAGCGUUUCCUGUCGCAGCCCUUCCAGGUUGCUGAAGUUUUCACCGGUCAUGCCGGUAAAUUGGUUCCACUGGAAGAAACCAUCAAGGGAUUUACCAAGAUCCUGAACGGUGAGUUGGAUCACUUACCCGAAGUAGCAUUCUAUAUGGUUGGCCCGAUUGAGGAAGUCGUAGAGAAGGCCGAACGUCUGGCUAAGGAAGCUGCUUAAUUUUACUCAGAUAGCCUACAGCCAGCAGUAAUUAGUAGUAGCGUGAAGGAGCGAAACAGAUUAGCCGAAUGGGAUUCCGAAGAGGUUUCCGAUGUCCUCCCACUUUGUUCGGGAGCUUCUUCAAAUUUCAUUCCUUGUAGUGAUGCACGUCUGCUGUUAACGGAAAAGCUCGGUGCUCAAGUGCAACGUAAUCGUGUUAAUUAUUGUCAACAUUACGAAAAGAGGGGAACUUUGUAGCAGAUUAGGAUAUGGUUCAAAAUACAGACUUCUAGCGUUGAUCG